GUGGGCAGGCCUUUCGGGAUGGGCACAGUUAGGGGCUCCCUCUUCCACUUCCUCAAGGGCACCUACAACUCCCCCAACGGCGAGCGCCUCGUUGGCGGCGCGCAGGCCGUGCUGAUGAACGCGCGGGUGGGCGACAGCUUCGCGGUGUGGGGCGACCUCUUCUCCGCCUUCGACUGCACCAAGGUCUUCAUGCACCAGAAGGAGGAUCUGUGGAACUCCAUCAUCGCCGGCGCCGCCACUAGCGGCUUCCUCUCCAUGCGCCAGGGCCUCAACACCGCCGGCCGCUCCGCGCUCAUGGGCGGGAUGCUCCUCGCCCUCAUCGAGGGCGCCGGGCUCAUGCUCAACCGCGUCCUCGCCUCUCCCCGUCGAUGA